GUGAGGGGGGAGAGCCUCGGGCAGCUGCGGAGCAGCGCGGAGCCACGGCCGGGGCUGUCCGUCCGCACCGCACAGCGCCGGGCACGGACAGCGCCAGCGCAUGGCCAGCGUGUCUUCAGUUUGUUAAGAUUUUCCCCCUGAGAGCAGCCUGGAAUGCUACCUGCUAUCACAGGGCUUUGUUCCUUCUGGAAACUCCAAAGACUCAGUUAGGUACCUCCUUUCUAAAACAUGGCCUGGAUUAAUUGUUAAAAAGGUGAGCAAUGGAAACUGUUCCUCAGAAAAGGUCAGACCCUCUAAGAAAUGCUGAUUCCAGUGGGAUUUAGGCCCAAGUGUAGUUCUCAAGAGCACUGAGGUUCAGGGUUUCAGCACCAAGACAAGAGCAGGCAGCUUGGCAGGCCUCCACCAUGUCAAGCACUCAGCUGUGUGAGCUCUGCGGUCCAGAAAAGAAGUGACUAUGUUAGCUCAGGAAAACCAGGAUUAAUCUACUCAGCUCCUGCAGGCCAGAAAUGAGAGUGCAGCAAAUGACUGAAAAAUGGAGUGCUAGGCAGCACGUAUCCACCGUGGGCUGGAUAGAGAUUUAAAAGCCACCUCUAUGGAGGAAUCUGACUUCACAGGUUUCCUACAAGCCCAAGGGAGUGUGUUUCUGCUAAGGCCUCAGAAGUGCCUUCAGUGUUGGACAGAGAACGUUUUCAAGAGUAGUGUUGGCUUGGGAGGUGGUGGAAGUGGAGAGAAUGGGCAAAUGUGCCCAUGGCUGCACCCACACUGUGAGGGCCACUCCAAGGGCACCCCUGCCGUGCACAGGACAUGGGCACUGCCCCGUGCAGAGGAUGUGUCCCUGCCAUAUACAACAACAACACAAAAGCUGUUCCAGUGUCAGGCAAACACUUGUGGGUGUUUGUUACUUGGCUUUAUUUCCUCACUAAAGUAUCCUUCCUCCUUCAGCAAGCCCUACAGUUUGCUGGUUGAUGUUAGCCCUGGAGUAAAUAGGCAGGGAUGACAAGCAUUCCAAUUUAGGGAACUCCCUGGGACAUUACCAAAGCACGAUUUUAUCUAUAGAAUUUCAGAAAGAGUUCUUAGUUUUAGUCAGAAGUGUUGAUGGCCAAAGUACUGGGUGUGUGUGCCUGGUGCUGGUUUUGUGUUACUCUUGGAUCCUUUGAGCUGUGGGUUAUGGACUGCAAGUGGGGUUCCUGUUGCCUUGGCACAGAGAACUUUCUGGGCUUUUCUUUGGCAGUAGCUGUAGAGAAGGUUUGGUUGCUCUGCAUAAAUUCACAGUCCAAGCUGGAGCGGUGGCUAUUGUGAUGUCAGGGGAGGCUGCCACGUCACAGAGGUGUCAGCAGCAGGUUGCUCUGAUGCACACAAGGCCUCAGCGUUCAGAGCAGCUCUUGGCGUGCUCGUUGCAGGAGGAUCCUCUGUUGAGGGGUUCUCAGGCAGCAGUCUGUGCCCUGAAAAGGGAGUCUUUCUAUUUUGCCUGCUGUUGUAUGAGUCUGAAGACUCACACGGGCAUCCUUUUGUCUUCUUUUCCUCUUUGCCUUGCACAGUCUGGGGACUUGUGCAAGUGGGUUUCUUUCUCAUUUUUCUGUUUUGUUUUCCAGCCCACGGCCAUGAGCAGCCCUGCUGAAAUGAUGGAGCAAGUCCGCAGAGCAGUCGGCAGGGCGUUUUCAGCGGUGUCAUCCCGCAAAAUUUUUAAUGGUCUGAGGCGUCGCCUCAACCGUGGAAGGAGUCAAGUCCAUGGUUCGAGCACCACACCAGCAGCAGAACCUCCUCUGGCUCGCUCUCUUUCUCCAGAGGCCAAAGGGGAGGCAAAGGACAAAAGUCCCCUGGCUGCCAGUCCAGGGCCUGAGCAUCCUGCAGCAGCUCCAACAGGAGAGCUGCUUGCCAGUCGGGACUCCUCGGCCCAGGCAGGAAAAGCGGAGCGGCAGGAAAACACGGGUAGAGUGUGCAGCGCCCGGGAGUUCAGACUGAAGGAGUUGGCUGCAUUUGAGAGGAAGUGCCACUCCUCACUCCAUUGGGCAUCUGAAGUGGAGGCAGAGAGAGCAGAGGAAUCGCAGCCUCCAAGGACUCAGAUUAAGGAAGAGGUUCCUCUGGCAGUGCCAAAGGUUUGCCGCCCGCAGCAGCCAGCCCCCAGGGUUCUGGAGAGGCUUCUCCAGGACUUCUCUCGCCAGGGGCACACACUGUCCCAGGUGUGCAGGGACAAGGCGGUGCUGGCACAAGAGAACGCUGCCCUGCAAGCGCGACUGGCAGCCACAGAGCGGGAGCUACGAGGCCUUUCUGAGCAGCUGGCAGAGGCCAGGUCAGAGAAGGAGAGCCUGCAAUGCAGCCUGCUGGAGGCUCAGCAGCACGUGUCAGAGCUGGAGAUGGCCAGGAGCCGUCUGGAAGGCCAAGUUCGUUCAGCCACGCAGGCCAAGGAGGUGAUCCUGGAGGAUGUGAAGGGCCUUCGGCGUGAGCUGCAAGCUGUAAGAUCUUUCAGCAAGCAGCAAUGUGAAAACAUGGCUGAACAGCUCCGCUGGGCAGAAGAGCAGUGCAGCAAGGCUCUCAGACUCUGGCAGUGUGCUCAGGAGGAAGAAAAAAGGAAGCUGGAAAAACUGGAGAGCCAGCUAGAACAACAGCGUUUGGAGGCAGAGGAGCUGCUGGAGCAACGGGACAAGUUCCUGGCAGAGCUGCAGCACCAGAAGGUCGAGCUCUUAUGCAAGCUGUGCUGGCUGCAGCAAAAGUUAAUACAAAGCCAGCAGUUUGUAGAGCUCCUGAGGGAAGAGCUGAAGGAGGAGCAAGAGAAUGGGCAGAAUAUCAAGGACAAGCUACAGAAAGGUCAGAGGAAAAUGAAGGCCAUGGAGAAGAGGCUGAAAGAAGAAAUAGAAAGGAUGCAAGAGAUGCAGCUUCAGUUGAGGCUGGCUCUAGAGCAACAGGACAACGUGGUGACCCACACAGAUUAUGAACAAGUUGUCUCUGUCCAUGGUGGAUGCAAUCCUCAGAACAUGAUGGAUGCAGGCCAUGCCAUCAAAGCUGCCCCUGCAGCAGCAUCCUCCAAAGAAGCCUCCUCUCUGCAGCCUGAAAACCUGAGCACCAGCAGUUCGCCCAGCUCGGGCCAGGAGUCAGAGCAGCUGCGCCAGGAGAGAGAGGAGCAGUGCCUGGAGCUGCUGAGGCGUGUUGUGAGCAUGGGAAAUUUAGAAGAGAAAUACACUGAUUGGGAACUUCUUGGCAGUGGGAGUUUUGGAACAGUUUAUAAGGCCUUCGACUCUGCCACAGGACGAGCGGUGGCCAUAAAGAAAAUCGAUCUCCAGCAGCAGGGCUGCGAGGAUGCGCUGAAAGAAAUCCUGGUCAUGAGGGAAAAGAAGAACCCCAAUAUUGUUGCCUACCUAGAAAGUUACCUUGCACAUGGGGAUGUCUGGAUGGUGCUGGAGUACAUGGACGGAGGCUCCUUAGAUGAGGUGGUCAGCGAGAAAAGGAUGGUUGUAGGACAAAUAGCAACUGUGUGUCGGGAGUGCCUGCAAGGCCUGGCUUUCCUUCAUGCCAACCGGGUGAUCCACAGAGACAUCAAAAGCAGCAACAUCCUUCUGGGCCGGGAUGGCUCCGUCAAGUUGGCUGAUUUUGGCCUCUGUGCUGUGCUCGUCCAUGGACAAAGUAAACAGAGGUCGAUGGUCGGGACCACUUACUGGAUGGCACCCGAGCUCGUGAGAGGAGAGCCAUACGGCCCCAAAGUGGACACCUGGUCCCUUGGCAUCGUGGGAAUAGAGAUGGCCAAAGGAAGGGCUCCCUAUAUUCGGAAAACCAAGGAAAGGGCUAAAUAUCUGAUAGGCAAACGAGGGGCACCUGAUCUGCAGAAGCUCAAGCUACCCUCUGCCUUGUCUGAAUUUCUGGGCUGCUGCCUGCAGAUGGACGUGGACAGGCGAGGCUCUGCCCAGGAACUUCUGCAGCAUCCAUUUCUCAAAUUAGUGGAGCCUCUCUCCAGCCUCUUCUGACAGCCUGAUUGCUGUCAUCCCUGCAGCAAAGUGAUGCAGGAAGCAGAGGAGAUGACCAGGAGAACUUCAGCAUUACUUUCUCCAAUGCCAGCUCGCAGCCACAAUCAGAAUAAAAAUCCUAGACACCCCCAAGCCUGUUGUAAGAUUCCCUUCAUUGUCACCCAGGGAAUACUGCUCUCGUUCAU